GUAGAGGCGAGAAGGAAGAGAGCCUUGAAAAGGCCCGCGACGGACAGACAGGCAGGCUCGUUAUGCAGUCAGGGUGUAGAAUGGCCGUGACGCGCGUGCGCACACGCGGGAGAGCUGGCACGGGAAGCGCGUGCGCGGUGUUUGCUGGGAGGUUUGAGUGGUUCGCUGAGGUAAAAGGCGGUGAAAGACUCGCGCUGAGGGAAGAGUUUCUGCGGUUGGAACCAGAAGUCGGGAGGAACCCGGGGGUGAGGGGAGCUGAAUGGAGCAGGGGCCGAAUGUGAAUUAAAAUGAGCAAACGGAAGUUGAAGGACGAUAGCUUUACAAAUGGGGAAUGCAUUUCAAAGGUACAAAAAAUAUUACAUGAAAGAUUCUGUCACCUGAAUCCAAAUGGAAAGUUAUUUGGACUUGAGCAUCAAUAUAAACAGUUACUUGAGCUGAUAAAACAUACUGCCAUUAAUGGGGAAAGCAAUUCUGUACUUGUUAUUGGACCACGAGGGUCAGGAAAGACUCUGUUAGUUUGCCAUGUCUUAAAAAAACUUUUGGAAAUAAAGGAGGUGAAAGAGAACAUCUUGCAGGUACAUUUAAAUGGAUUAUUACAGACCAAUGAUAGAAUUGCUUUGAAGGAGAUGACAAGACAGCUAAAUUUGGAGAAUGUGGUUGGAGAUAAAGUUUUUGGUAGCUUUGCAGAAAAUCUUGCAUUUCUUCUGGAAGCAUUAAAGAAAGGAGAUCGUGACCACAGUUGCCCUGUUUUGUUCAUUCUAGAUGAGUUUGAUUUGUUUGUCCAUCAUAAGAAUCAAACAUUACUAUAUAACCUUUUUGAUAUAUCACAAUCUGCACAGACGCCUAUAGCUGUUAUUGGUCUGACUUGUAGGCUGGAUAUUCUAGAACUCAUGGAGAAAAGAGUGAAGUCAAGAUUUUCCCACCGGCAAAUAUACUUAAUGAAUUCCUUUGAUUUUAAAACAUAUUUGAAUAUUUGUAAAGAACAGUUAUCCCUUCCUCCAGAAUUUCCAGAAAAGUCCUUUAUCCAGAAGUGGAAUAGACACAUACAGUCUCUUCUAGAAGACAUAAAAGUUCAAGAUGUUCUACAAAAUCAAUUUUAUUAUAAUAAAGACCUGCGGUGUCUAUUCAUGUUGCUGAUGCUUGCUUCAAAUAAUAUAACUGCGUCCCACCCUUAUAUUCGCGUCUCUGACUUCCUGGAAGCCAAUAAAGUAUGCAGAAUGGACACAAAAGCAAAUAUUGUGCAUG